AUGGUACAUCCAUACUUGACGAGGCAGACUGCUUCCAAAGCACCAGAGCCCUCCUCAGACACUCCUAGUAGUAGUAGUCCCUCUACUGCUGGUGCUGACGAUCCCUCUGCCCUUCCUGCCCGUCCCCCGAAUGCUACCCCCACCGUUAAUAACACACCUGCUGCUGCUCCCACUGCCCCGACUGCAGUAAUCCCUCCCAGCCCUGCUGCCGCUAUCAAUCCAUAUACCUCCAGCAAAACUCCCCAUGCUCAUGUGGUCUGCCUCCCCGUUCCACCGAGCACGAACAAAAAAUUAAAAUCCCACCAUAAUUUGCCUACCGGAACCCCCACGCCACCGCCUUCUACCGAUGCUUCUGCCACCCGCUGCUGUGAAUGCAGUACCCAAUCUCAAUGCAAAGCCUCUCAUAGUUGUGCCUGUGUGCGUGCUCAACGUCCCUGUACCAGUUGUGCUGCUCCCAACAAUUCCUCCCCUGGCACAGCCAUUGCCACUGCUGCCAGCUCUUCCCCACCUCCAGCACCAGCCCCUCCCUCAACUGUGUCUCCUGCACCCUCUGCAGCCCCUGCAGAGGCUGGGACUGUCCCCGCACAGACUGAGCCGUCUACCAGCAUUCCCGGUGCGUCAUCUCGGAGGCUAACCAGCGUUUGGCUGCGGUCUAUUCUGACCACAUCCAUCUCAACCCUGGUGACCACCUUGAUGGCGGUAUUGCUGAUGAUUCCAUUUGGCAAGGCUAUUUUCGGCAGCUUAUAG